GAUCAGCGGUUAGGGACAUCUUCAGUUUAGUGUGGCAGCCAUUUUAGCUGAUUAUAGUAAUUUUCCUUCUUGUUCGUCACCAGAGCAUGGAGGACAGAAGAACACCAGACGACUGCUCUCUACAGACUUUCUCUAACAUUUCUGAGUCUUUAGGUCAGCAUGGUGACUCUGAAACACCUUAGUGUGGAGGACCCAGAUGACUACAGCUCUCCUCCGGUGCCUAAUGCUGACUUCACUGAGAAAACAGCUGUUACAGUUACACACAGGAGACCUACACCUGACACCAGGGAGAUGCUACUCAGCAGGACUAACAACCUAGCCUUGAGUCUAGUGCUGCUGGUGGGAUGCUACUCUGCUAUCCUGGUCCCUGCUCUUAUACCUUCAGACCCUCUGUCAGGGGCUAACGACAACCAACACACUGACAUGGUAUUACUAAACCGCUCUGCCUCCCUGCUUGUGCAGCCCUGCCAUCCGGGCUGGUGUGUGUCUCGUCUCGUCUCCCUGGACUCCUCCUCAGACCUCCAGAACAUCCCCGUGUUCCUCCAGUCGGAGAUUGCAGCAGACAGGUCUAUUCCCUGGGACUUGGCUCCUCCCCUGGGCCUCCAGGGCUGUGACGAGAGGGUGGCUAGGGCCCUGGCCUCUCUAACUCAUCCAGGCCUGCCCCCAUCCCUGGAGGGGAGAGGUAGGGGUGGGGGCUGUAGGAGGUGUGUGGUGGUGGGCAGUGGAGGGGUGCUACAUGGCAGCCACCUGGGAUCCCAUAUUGACCAGUAUGAUGUCAUCAUCAGGAUGAACAAUGCCCCAGUGUCAGGGUUUGAGAGGGACGCAGGCUCCAGGACCACUGUCCGUUUGAUGUACCCAGAGGGAGCUCCCCUUUCCCCCAGCGAGUACAGACACACCUCCCUGGUUACCCUGGUGGUCUACAAGUGCCUGGACCUGGACUGGCUCACCUCUGUCAUCACCAAACAGCCUCUGAGCUGGUGGUCCAAGCUGUGGUUCUGGAGAGACAUAGUGGAGAACAUUCCUCUGAAGCCGGAGAACAUCCAGAUACUCAACCCAGAGAUCAUGCACAAGACAGGCAUAGCACUGCAGAGAUACACACAGCAACAGAGGAAGUUAGUUCCUACGUUAGGUGCCAGUGCGGUGGUGAUGGCCCUACAGCUGUGUGAUGAGGUGAGCCUGGCAGGGUUUGGUUAUGACCUGCAGCAUCCCGGUGCCAGACUACACUACUAUGAGAGUCUAAGUAUGGACGCCAUCAAGGCCCAGGUAGUACAUGAUGUGAACGCUGAGAAGCUCUUCCUCAGAGAGCUAGUGGCUGCAGGUGUCUUGACUGACCUCACAGGGGCGCUGUGACAAAGAGACAGUACCAGGGAUGGACCCUGUUCUACCAGUUGUGGUUGGAGGUUAACUACCUUGCUCAAGGACAGAACGGCAGAUUUUUCCACCUUGCCGGCUCGGGGAACCAGCGACCUUUCUUAACAACCCCUGGUUCCUUUUCCUAGCAUGAUGAUUCAACCAAUCAAGGCUUAGUUGAAAAAUGUACUAUUAUUAUAUACUAUAUUAUGCACUAUAAAAAUGUACUAUUAUUAUAUACUAUAUUAUGCACUAUAAAAAUGUAUGCACCCAUUACUGUAAGUCGCUUUGGAUAAAGGUGUCUGCUAAAUGUCAUAUGUAAUUAUUAUAUAUUACAUGCCGAAAGCAGCCGUUUGUA